GCUAGUGGCUAAGCGGGAGCAGGGCGGCAGGGGGCGCAUCGCGGAGCCUGGCUGGCCUCCGCUGUACUCUGGACUGCAGCUCACCGGAGUCUCCGGGCUUGACGCGACAUGGACAGGCCAGUGACAGCGGCGGCUGCUGCGGCAGCUGGCUGUGAGGGCUCUGGGGGCCCGGGGCCAGGGCCGGCAGCUGGGUGGAGACCCGCUCGGGUUGCUGGGGGCGGCUCGGCCGGCUCCCGACACCCCAGCAUGGAGACCCUGGACAGUCCUACAGGGUCACAUGUUGAAUGGUGUAAACAGCUUAUAGCUGCUACAAUUUCUAGUCAGAUUUCAGGUUCAGUCACAUCAGAAAAUGUGUCCAGAGAUUACAAGGUUUUCAGGAGGCCUGAAACCAGGGAGAUAAAGGAAGAACACAAUGGCUACCCUUUUGAAGCUGAAGCUGAUCAGGCUUUGAGAGAUGGAAAUAAACUGGCACAGAUGGAAGAAGCUCCACUUUUUCCAGGAGAAUCAAUUAAGGCCAUUGUGAAAGAUGUCAUGUAUAUUUGUCCAUUUAUGGGAGCAGUGAGUGGAACCCUUACAGUGACGGACUUUAAAAUGUACUUCAAAAAUGUAGAAAGGGACCCACAUUUCAUCCUUGAUGUUCCCCUUGGAGUGAUCAGCAGAGUUGAGAAGAUUGGUGCACAGAGCCAUGGGGACAAUUCGUGUGGUAUAGAGAUUGUAUGCAAGGAUAUGAGGAACCUAAGACUGGCGUAUAAGCAAGAAGAACAGCGAAAACUUGGCAUAUUUGAAAACCUCAAUAAGCAUGCUUUUCCUCUUUCCAAUGGGCAGGUGCUAUUUGCAUUCAACUAUAAAGAAAAGUUUCCAGUUAAUGGCUGGAAAGUUUAUGAUCCAGUAUCUGAAUAUAAGAGACAGGGCUUGCCUAAUGAGAGUUGGAAAAUAUCAAAAAUAAACAGUAAUUAUGAGUUCUGUGAUACCUACCCUGCCAUCAUUGUUGUGCCAACUAGUGUAAAAGAUGAUGACCUUUCAAAAGUGGCAGCCUUUCGAGCAAAAGGCAGAGUUCCUGUGUUGUCAUGGAUUCACCCGGAAAGUCAGGCAACUAUUACACGUUGCAGCCAGCCACUGGUGGGUCCCAAUGAUAAACGCUGCAAAGAAGAUGAAAAAUACCUGCAGACGAUAAUGGAUGCUAAUGCACAGUCACAUAAACUUAUCAUCUUUGAUGCCCGACAAAACAGUGUUGCUGAUACCAACAAGGCAAAGGGUGGAGGAUAUGAAAGUGAAAGUGCUUAUCCCAAUGCAGAACUUGUGUUCUUGGAGAUCCACAAUAUUCAUGUGAUGAGAGAGUCACUUCGUAAGUUAAAGGAGAUCGUGUACCCUUCUAUUGAUGAGUCCCGGUGGCUAUCCAAUGUGGAUGGAACACAUUGGCUGGAAUAUAUAAGGGUACUUCUUGCUGGGGCAGUAAGAAUUGCUGAUAAAGUAGAAUCUGGGAAAACUUCUGUUGUUAUCCACUGCAGUGAUGGGUGGGAUCGAACAUCCCAGCUCACAUCUCUGGCAAUGCUGAUGUUGGACAGUUUUUACAGGACCAUUAAAGGAUUUGAAGCUCUCAUAGAAAAGGAGUGGAUAAGCUUUGGACACAGGUUUGCACUGAGAGUAGGCCAUGGUGAUGACAACCAUGCAGAUGCUGAUCGAUCACCUAUAUUUCUUCAGUUCAUUGAUUGUGUUUGGCAGAUGACAAGACAGUUCCCUUCAGCAUUUGAGUUUAAUGAAUUACUCUUGAUUACAAUUUUGGAUCACCUCUAUAGCUGUCUUUUUGGGACCUUUUUAUGCAACUGUGAACAACAACGCAUCAAAGAGGAUAUAUAUACAAAGACUAUAUCUCUAUGGUCUUAUAUCAAUAGCCAACUAGAUGAAUUUUCAAAUCCUUUCUUUGUGAAUUAUGAGAACCAUGUGUUAUAUCCUGUUGCUAGCAUGAGUCACUUGGAAUUGUGGGUCAAUUACUAUGUACGAUGGAAUCCGCGGAUGAGACCACAGAUGCCAAUUCAUCAGAAUCUAAAGGAGCUGCUGGCUGUCAAGGCUGAGCUGCAGAAGCGGGUGGAGGACUUGCAGCGGGAAGUGGCUACACGGACCGUCUCAUCUUCCUCUGAGAGGGGUUCCUCACCUACCCACUCAGCUACUCCUGUACACACCUCAGUCUGAUGGAGAAGGCCAGUGUCAGGGGCCAUCCUGCUGCUCUACUGUCUUCCAGCAGCUCAGGAACCUGGCCAUUGAUGUUAUGGUUCUAGCUUAUCAUCUUAGCUCUUAGGAUUAGGCCCAGGUACCAUUUGUGUGGCUAGGUGACAGCUCCUAUUAUUAACAAGUACUUCUUUUGUGUGAACCGCCUGUGACCCUUUUAUGGGCAGCCUCACAGGGGAGCAACAUGUCACACCCACCCUGUGAACCACCUUCGUCUUGUACAGGCAGCUUGGGAGAAACUAGGUUGAAUGCAGUGCAGUAUUUCAGCUUAAGAGAAUCUCACACCACUUCUUUCCAAGUUAGGUCCUUCCUUAGGAACAACCUGCUCACUUAUAGAACACAUCACCAGCCAUGUGGCUUCUCUCAGCCUUUUGGCACAACUUAAAAACUGUUUUAAAUGAAAUAUUAGCGUGGCAAAUGAACCAUUGCCAGCUGUUCUACAGUUAUCUUCAUGCAAGAAGUCCUCCUGUACAAUUGGUACAAUAUGUAUUUUUUAAAGAGAAACAUGCCUUUAUUUUCCUAUGUCCUUUUUUAUGUUUAGAAUAGUUGUCUGCUAAACUGUGCUGUAUGAGAAAUUCUUGCCCAACUAUGCUGACUUUUGUGUGGUACAUUUGAAUUAAGAUCUCAGAUGUGUCAUCUCAGUGGUAAUCUAGUAUUGUCCUCUAACCCUGGUACUUGCCUUUUGAGGUGACACAACCUAGUCAUUCAUUAGAGUAACUGCAGGUUCCCUCAGGGUGCACCAAACUAUGAAUGCUCAGUGCUCUGGCUUUGUUGCAGGUAAACUGAGGGCUCAAGCAGCAACUGUGUGCAUGUGUUUGGUCUCUCUCUAUGACAGCUCUCUAAAGGAGCAACUCUGGCCAUUAGAUCUUACAUCCUAUCACCUGUUUAAAAUGCCCAGCACCUGUGUCCUAUAAAGUCUUCUUUCACUUGUUGGAUACCUGAACACCUUGUUUGCAAUUAUCACAAUCUCUUCUCAGUUUAUUUACAUACUUUAAGGCUGCCUGUCCAUACUUUAAAGCAACAAAUAUGCUGCAGCUUAGGUUGGAAAGCAUAGCAUGCUCUUCCUUGGUUUUCGUUUCUCAGAGGAGCAUUGGCUAGUCAGGCCUCUCUCCACAGUUAACAGCUUUGAGAUCUGCUAUUCCAUCAGUCCAUGUAGGAAUGAAUGUCCCAUCAGCAACUCUGUGUGCAGUGCCAAUAUCCCCACUCCCACCACCAUGCCCAUUUCUGUGUGUCACCUUAGGCCCUUCAGAGUUGGAGAUGUGUUUGAAGCUGACAGAGUCAGCCCCUGAGCACAGAUACAUCACAUCUUCCUCUGGUCAGUGCCCAAUCACUGGAUGCCAUGCAUUCCUAUAUAAUGACCUCCAUUUUCAAAAUGUAUUCUUAAAAGAGUUUUGUUUUUUUUUUUUUUUGUUUGUUUGUUGUUUUUUUUUUACAGCUGAACACAUAAAAAGUAGAUGAUUUUUCAACUUGGAACAGAAAACUAUCCAACCAUAAGAUAACCACAGACAUUUAUUCAAGGAAAUUUGAUAAACUAAGAUCAAUUCUCCAUUUUUAUUAUCUGGGAGAUUUGUUUCUAAACUACACGUUAAGUGAUAUUAGCUUUUCAUUUAUGCUGUUCUUCGAUAAAAAUCCUUAUUUGUAAAUGGUUAGACUGCCAUACCUGAGGUAGGAGGACUGCUGUGAGUUCAAGGUCAGCUUUGGCUAUACUUUGAGUUCUGGGACAACAGACCUAUACUGUGGAAACCUGUCUCAAAAUCAAUACCAAAAAGAAAAUAUGAACUGCAAUAUUUUCUCUUCAUAUACUUUUACAAACUGGGAACAUUUACCAACUUUUCCCUAGAAUACCAUCUAAUUCUCCAGCAACACUAGGACUGUUGAAUAUAAAUAAGGUGGACUGGAUGAAGCUUUGACAGAACCAGAGAAGCCACAGGGGCUGCUGCUUGGUAAGGUCAGCUAGCCUGGUCAAGCCAUGUCCUCUCAGCUGCACACCUGCAGCACCCCUAGAAAUUUCCACUGGAUUUUAAGGAAGCACAACAGAGUAUUUCCCUUUGUAUGUUUCUAGCACAGAACUGUUUCUAAAACAACUUGAAGUAUAGUUUUCUUAUCUAAGCAAUUCUUUCAUGUAUGUUUUAUUUAAGUACUAGAAUGUAAAACCUUUUUUAAUUAAUUUAUUUUUUUAUUAAUUACAAUUUAUUCACUUUGUAUCCCAGCUGUACCUCUCCCUCUUUCCCUCCCUCCCUCUUCUCCUCCCAUGCCCCUCCCCCAAGUCCAAUGAUAGGGGAAGACCUCCUCCCCUUCCAUCUGACCCUAGCCUAUCAGGUCUCAUCAGGACUGGCUGCAUUGUCUUCCUCUGUGGCCUGGUAAGGCUGCUCCCCCUUGGGGAGAAUGUAAAACCUUUAAGGUUCAGGUUUUUAAACAACUAGUACAAUACUGUAUUUGCCUCAUCUGAUGCACUGUAUUCCAACCUGUAAUUAAAAUGAUAAUAUGUUUGCUCCCUGGUCUUUUUGUUGUCUCUCUCUUUUAGCCAUUUCAGUAGUUUUCUUCUCCCUGAGAAAAAAAUGAGUACUAAUAAAGUGCCAUGUGUCAAAUGCUUA